AUGACAACUAAGAUUACACUCGAACAAGCCAAUCCCACAUGGCUUUUCCCAGUCAUUGCUGACAUUGUCGCAUCUGGCUCUGGGGCUAUAGUGGCCAAUGUUCUUCCCAACGAUCAACACGCUAUCUGGACUGUUGUAACCAGUUAUAUUCUCUGGGGAACGAGUGUACCUAUGGUAUUUCUUAUACUGGCUACGUACUGCAAUCGACUCAUGAUCCACGAUGUCCUCCCAAGUCAAGCUGCUGUGACAUCUUUCAUCGCUAUCGGACCUCUCGGCCAAGGCGCAGCAGCCAUUCAACUCCUUGGAAAAGUCGCUCUACAGAUCUUUGAGAGGAACGAUUUCAUCCCCGUGGCGCCCAUCGCAGGACAAUUCUUUUAUCUUAGUGGCAUUCUCACAGCCCUCAUAAUGUGGGGGUUCGCCAUCUCAUGGUUAUUCUUCGCCCUUGCCACCAUCGCCAGGCGCGAAUUGAAGUUCAGUAUUUCCUGGUGGGCGCUUACUUUCCCUCUUGGAGUCUUUACUGUUUCAACCACGACUUUGGCGCAAGAGCUUCCUUCGCAAUUUUUCAAGGUUCUUGGAACCAUAUUCUCGGUUGUUGAGACUUUGCUAUGGAUCAUGGUGGCUUGUAUGACUAUACGGGCAACUUUGAACGGUAAAAUCUUUCAGUCGCGCCCGGUCGAGGGGUGGGAGAAAAAACGAAUGAAAAAAACUGGUGACGUUGAGAAGGUUGAAGAUUCUCCAGCUUAG